AUGAAGAGCUUGGUGAACCAGGUGGAGGUGGCCUUCGCAAGAUCUCUGGUGUCCUGCAAAGAGCCGUUGUCGGAGGUGUACACGGGAUCCCAGUGGUGCGGCGACCGGCUUGAAGUCAUCAGCGUGGGGUAUUCCAUCUCACAGCGCGGGCAGGCACAGGAAAGCUUCGCCAUGCUGAUCUCCAUCCUCGUGGUUGCUGUCUUGGGCUCUGUGUUUGGCAGGAAAGUGGUCCUACUGGGUGGCCUCUUGGGCACCACGAUCUCCGUUGCUCUCUUCAUCUUAGCCUGUGCGAUGCCUGCCUGGAGCCGGGUACUCUUCGUCAUGGGCCAAGGAUUGCAGGGGCUUCUACCCAUCGGCCAUCUUGCAGGCUUGAUCAUCUUCGACAUCUCAGUGAAGGGAGGUGGGAUGGCGACCUACCAGGUGAAGGGCCUCCUCGACACCGUCGGAAGUCUUCUCUGGGGUCCCGUGCUGGGGAACUUCGUGCAAUACCUGGAGCUGGUGAACUACCGCACCGUCUGGACGGUCAUCUUCCUGAUGAACCUGAGCAUGCUUUUUGCCGCUGCCUUCCUCAUGCCCGAGUCCAUGGACAGAACAAAAGCUGAGAAAGAUGGCGAAGUCGAUACGCCUUCGGGCGCAUUUUCGAAAGUGAUGCGCGAGGUCCUGUCCUACAAGGACGUGUACUACAAUCCACUAUCAUGGCGGUUCCUGCUGAUGGUGUGCAUUGAGCCCUGCUGGACACAUGUCUUUGGGAUGCUGCCUAUUCAGCUCAUGGCUUACCAUGGAUGGUCGCAGAGCGCGGUAACGAUGCUGAUCCUCCUCCAGCCUUUGUUUCUGGUAUUCAUGGGCAUAGUGCCAAGUCUGUGCUUACGUCUUAGCUACAGCUUUAUGAUGCCGGCGUGCCUGGUGUACCUCUACACCGUCUUGAUCUUGCAGCAACUCACGAUUGCUGUCUCCGAUGUUCUGCCCAUAGUCAUGUUUGUGGCAUUCACAUUCCUGGGCGGCUUUAUGCCAUUGAAGGAGUACGUCGACUCUCGUUUUUCCACUCCAGACGAGAUCGCUCGCUUCAAGAGCGUGGAAUGGGUCAUUGGCUACGUGCUCGGCAUGGGCAUUGGGCCAGUUUAUGCAUCAGUUUUCGAUGCAUCCGCAGCUACGUACAUCUCCCGGUCGAUACCCAACUUUCUGGCCUGCACGUGCAUGAUCAUUCAGUGUCUGCAUGUUCGGUUUAUCAUGUACCCGUACAUGAGGGUCACUCUGGGCCUCAUGGACGAGCUGGAAAAGAAGCAGAAGGAAGUUUUCCUCGCCUUGACCAAGGGCGACUCUCCUCUGGAUCAGGAGGCUUGGCAGGCCAACUCGCUUGAGAAACACUUCGGGAAGAGCUUCGAGGAGGCCCAAGGGCCUUUCCAAGCCAUCGACGGCUUCCGGGAGUUCUGCAAAAGAGAAAGUGGCGGAACCAAUGCUGAGACCAAGACUUUCAUUGCCAAGCUUGACGCAGCCUUAGCCGGCCUGGCCGGCCUCUCUGAGUCCAAGAAAGCCCAGUAG